AUGCCACAGGUUCAGUUUGGCUUCUCUGCCAUUGCAUUAGCUUUCUCCUCGUGGUCACAGCUGGCUGUCGCCAUUCCAAGUCUCAUCCUCACUCACCCAUCUCCAGGGCAGAUCUGCUUUCACUUUGGGAGUGCACUCCAUUUAGAGACCUUACACAUCAGAAAUGAAAAUGAGCCGCUUCCUAAACAUACUCACUUAGUGCGGCAGAAGCGAGCCUGGAUCACUGCCCCCGUGAGUCUGCGGGAAGGAGAGGAUCUGUCCAAAAAGAAUCCGAUCGCCAAGAUACAUUCUGAUAUUGCAGAAGAAAAAAGAAUAAAAAUUAGAUACAAAUACACUGGGAAAGGCAUCACAGAGCCACCUUAUGGUGUGUUUGUCUUUGAUAAAGACACGGGAGAACUGAACGUUACCCGCAUUCUUGAUCGAGAAGAAACGCCGUAUUUCCUGCUCACUGGUUAUGCUUUGGAUGAAAGAGGCAACAAUCUAGAGAAGCCGUUAGAACUGCGCAUCAAAGUUCUUGAUAUCAAUGACAACGAGCCCGUGUUCACUCAGGAAGUCUUUGUUGGGUCCGUGGAAGAACUGAGCGCAGCACACACCCUCGUGAUGAAAAUCAAUGCGACAGACGCAGAUGAGCCCAAUUCCAUGAAUUCUAAAAUUUCCUACAAAAUCGUAUCUCAGGAGCCUGCUAAGCCCGCAAUGUUUUACCUGAAUAAAGACACGGGAGAGAUUUAUACAGUCAGUAAUACCUUGGACAGAGAGAAACACAGCAGCUACACUCUGACAGUGGAAGCCAGAGAUGGCAAAGAAGGAGAAGUAACCGAUAAGCCUGUCAAGCAAGCUCAAGUUCAGAUCCGUAUUUUGGAUGUCAAUGACAAUAUACCCGUGGUGGAGAGUCAAAGGUAUGAAGGGACAGUUGAAGAAAACCGAGCCAAUGUAGAAGUGAUGCGCAUAAAAGUGCUGGACGCAGAUGAGAGAGGCUCGGAUAAUUGGUUAGCAAACUUUACAUUUGUGUCAGGAAAUGAAAAGGGUUAUUUCCGCAUCGAAACUGAUAAUCAAACUAAUGAAGGAAUCGUGAUCCUUAUUAAGGAAUUAGAUUAUGAAGAAAUAAAGCAUCUUGACUUCAGCGUUAUUGUCACUAAUAAAGCCACUUUCCACAAGUCAGUUAAGAGUGAAUAUAAGCCCACAGCCAUCCCCAUCAAAGUCAAGGUGAAGAAUGUGAAGGAAGGCAUUCAUUUCAGAAGCAGCACCAUCUCCAUUCGCACCAGCGAGAGCAUGGAAAAAACAAGCCUGAGCCAAGUAAUUGGGAAAUUUCAAGCUUUUGACGAAGACACUGGACAAGCAGCCCGUGUAAAAUACACCAAAUUGGAAGAUAUAGACAACUGGGUCUCUGUGGAUUCUGUCACAUCUGAGAUUAAACUUAUAAAAUUUCCUGAUUUUGAAUCCAGAUAUGUCCAAAAUGGUACAUAUACUGUAAAGAUUUUAGCUAUCUCAGAAGAUUCUCCUAGAAAAACCAUCACUGGCACUGUUGUGAUCACGGUGGAAGACAUCAAUGACAACUGCCCCACGCUGGUGGACCCAGUGCUAAACGUCUGUGAUGACGUGCAGUAUGUGAACGUGACCGCGAGGGACCUGGACGGGUACCCAAAUAGUGACCCUUUCACUUUCGUCAUCGUUGACAAACCAGCCGGCAUGGCAGAGGAAUGGAAAAUCAUACACAAAGAAAGUACCAGCGUGCUGCUGCAGCAACGCGAGCGGAAGCCCGGGAGAAGCGACAUCCAGCUCCUGAUUUCGGACAGCCAGGGCUUCAGCUGCUCGGAAAAGCAGGUCCUGAAGCUCAUGGUGUGCAAGUGCCUGGACGGCAGCGGCUGCGUGGAAGUGCUGCGCGGCGGCCACGUGGGCCUGGGCCCGGCCGCCAUCGCGCUGAUCAUCUUGGCGCUUCUGCUCUUGCUGCUUGUACCACUUUUACUGCUGAUGUGGCAGUGUGGAGAAGGCGCCAAAGGCUUCGCCCCCAUUCCUGGCACUGUGGAGAUGCUGCACGCUUGGAAUAACGAAGGGGCACCACCUGAAGACAAGGUGGUGCCAUCGCUGCUGACAGCGGAUCACAGAGAGAGCAUGGCCGUGGGCAGCGGAAUGGGAGGCAUGGCAGCCAAGGAGACCACCGUGAAAGGAGGCAGCUCCGCUUCCUUCACCAGAGUGCAGCAUGACAUGUCCGAGGUGGACGGACGGUGGGAGGAACACAGGAGCCACCUCUCCGGGGGCACCACCCAGGUCACAGGGAUAGCAGGAGCCCUCCGAGGCGGCGAAACCGUCAGGACCACCAGGGCCACAGGGAUCUACAGAGACAUGGCUGGAGCUCGUGCGGCUGCUGGUGCAAUGAGUGAGGAAUUCCUAGGAAGCUAUUUCACUGAGAAAGCCGCCUGUUACAAUGAGGAAGAGGACAGUCUCGUAGGCAAAGACUGCCUCCUGCUGUAUUCUCAGGAGGACACCGAGUCGCUCCACGGCUCCAUUGGCUGUUGCAGUUUUAUCGAAGGAGAGCUGGAUGACCACUUCCUGGAUGACUUAGGACUGAAAUUCAGGACGCUGGCUGAAGUGUGCUUGGGCCGAAAAAUAGAUAUGGGCCUGGAAGUUGAGCAGAGGCCGGCACCCGUGAGAGAAACCGCUUCCCACGCCCUCUCCGAGCAAACGAGGGUCCAUUCAGAGAGUUCCUUCUCCUCGGCUGGGAGCGUGCAAGUUCCCACACGUGUGCGCGAAGCCAGUGCCGAGGAAAUAACUCGGGAAACAGUCACCGAGAGGGUUGUGUCCUCUAAGCAGGGCCAGCAGGUAGCCAUGCAGCUCCCUGACCCACUGGCAGCCGGAAAUGUCAUCGUGACCGAAACGUCCUUUGCCACGGGCCCCACUGGGCCGCCCCCCAUGGUGGUCCUGGGUCCCCGGCAGCCUCAGGGCCUCAUAGUGACGGAGCGGGUGUACGCGCCAGCCUCUGCCGCGGUGGAUCAGCGCUGUGCUCAUCAGCACUACGCUCAUCAGCACUAUGCUAAUGAAGGCAACAUCACGGUCACGGAGAGGCUCAUACAGCCCAGUGGGGGCCUGUCGGGGGCCCUGGAAGGCACCGCGCACCUUCCAGACGGACAGUACAUGAUGGUAAGGGAGCGAGAGAGCUUCCUGGCUCCCAGCUCGGGCGUGCAGUCCACUCAGGCCCAGGCCAGCACAGCAGGCGGGCGGAGCGUGACCGUGACUGAGAGGGUGCUGACACCCGCUUCCACCCUGCAGUCCAGAGCCCCGGUGGCCUCUGAAACGGCCGUGACGGCCAGAAGGACUGUGGUUACGGGAGCUGGAAUCCCUGGCCCUCCGCCCAGUUUCAGCUCCGAGGAGUCUGGUCAUUCUGGUUGCACUGUAACCACUGCGUCCACCAGGGUUUCCAAGCACAGCACCGUGCAGCACUCCUACGCCUGAGCAGCCAGCACCUGCAGCCCUCACCCCUAAGCCUGAGCAGCCAGCACCUGCAGCCCUCACCCCUACGCCUGAGCAGCCAGCACCUGCAGCCCUCACCCUCCUACACUUGAGCAGCCCUCACCCCUACGCCUGGGCAGCCAGCACAGCACAUCCCUCACCCCUAUGCCUGAGCAGUCAGCGCAACACAGCUUGAGAUGCCUGCAGUCUCCCAGAGGUCAACAGCAGUCACUGUCUCCCGUUUCCAGGGGACCUGCCUUUCAUGAGCCUCACAGACGAGAAGCACGUACACAAAGUUCAAGUGUCUCCAUCACUGACACACAGCGGUCCUGGCUGGCUCAGCGUCCAGGAGGCCCUCAGAAAUGCUCUGGGAUUUAGUGAGCUGUGGCCACACAACAGUCACAAAGCAAGUUAAUGAGAGGGAAUCUAGCUUCUGGGAAUUGACCAAAUUAACAGAGCACCCAGGUCAGCAGCACACAGCAGAGCCAGGAAGCCACGGCCCCUGCACAGCCUCUUCUACAGCCCGUCCUUCCUGCGCCUGCCACACUGUCCACACUCACUCUCCCACAGGUGCACACAGAGGUGCACACACUCUUCACAGGUGACCAGUGAAGGCUAGAGGUCUUCCUGUCUGUGUUGGGGACUGAAUUUUGGAGCACUGACAUGCUAAGAACACAUUACAUGUUUCUGUGCAUAUAACUGUGUAUGAUUGUAUGUGUGUGUUGUAUGGCCUUAAAAAUAGCAUUAUACCUCCCCUUUGUCUCAGUAAUCAGGAAGAUAUUGAAUACUUCCAAUUCAGUGGAAUUAUCCAGGGGAAAAAUCCUAACUAUAAAAUCACUUUACUUUUGAUAGUAAUAAUAUACUAUUUCUAAAACCUCAGGUUCUAUUAUCUUCUAACUUUGUACAGCUAAAUUCACCACAAUGCUAUCUAUGUACGGUAUAGAAAGAACCACGCCUGUUUGGGGGCUGGUAUUUAUCCUCAGUGCCUAAUAUGGGUGCCAAAUCAAUAUUUGUGGCAUAAGUGGGUUUUACAAGCCACUCUCUUUAAAAUUUCAAAACACUGAAAGACCUUAUAAUUUAUAGAAUUAUGAGUUUGAAGUUAGUAUUUUAUUCUGUCUCAAAGUUAUUGACUAGGCAAUCAUGACUUACUACAUAUUAAAUAUGUAACUGACAUGAAUUUGGGUAACACCCUUGCCCUUUUUUGGAAAGCGAUUUGGGUGUUUUAACCAAAUAGAUAGAUUAUAUUUUUAUUGCUCCUUGAAAAAAAUCUAUUUCAGGUUUCAAAGUAUAUGUUCACAUCAGUAACAAUUUAUAUAAAUAUUCUCCACAACAAACAAUCAUUUUCAGAAAUUUUAAAUACUAUGUAAUUUUGUGAUUGUUCAAGAUAUUUUGCUUAGGGGAAUGAAUCUUUAAACAUAUUAUUUUUGUAGCACAUUUAUAGAAAUGUUGACUUGAAUUGUGUUAUGCACAACACUGAUACUUUUUGCUCCUACUGACUAUGAGUAAAAGGCAAAUAUGUUUAGACACCAUAAGUGCAUGACCAAGGUGAAGGUCAUUCUUCCAUUCACCUAAAUUUUUUACUCUCUACUUAGGAUUGUUGCUUUUUAUUAUUAUAGAGCUAGUAGUUAUAUUUUGUCAAGUAUGCGGCAGGAAUAGCACUACUGUGUGGAACAUAAACAUGACCUAACUACUUCGAACAAACAAAACUUGGU